AUGUUUCCCAAAGAGUUUGAUAAUUCCUAUGUGUCCCUGAAAGCACAGUUGAAAAAUUCACAAAAAGCCUUUACUGUGUGCCUCCACAUCAGCACUGAACACAUUUAUACAAACUGGGAGUCUACCUCAGGAAUUGUUGAGUAUUGGGUAGAUGGGAAACCCAGGAUAAGGAAGAGCCUGAAGAAGGGAUACACUGUGGGAUCAGAGGCAAACAUCAUCCUUGGGCAGGAGCAGGAUUCCUUUGGUGGAGAAUUUUAUGUAAACCAGUCUUUGGUGGGAGACAUUGGAGAUGUGAACAUGUGGUACUUUGUAUUGUCACCAGAAGAGAUUAACACAGUCUAUUCUGGUAGGACCUUUAGUCCUAAUGUACUGAACUGGUAG